CAAUAUAUUUAGAGGAUACGCUAUAUGUGUUUACCACAUGGCAAGUGUCCGAGCAGCUUUCAAUGGACCAUAUGCUCAUAAAGAAGGACCUGAAUACCACUGGGCUCUAUAUGAAAGAAAAGUACCUUAUCCUAGACCUGGUUCAUGUGCCAGCAAGGUGAAUGGUGGUCUGUAUACUACCACCAAAGACUAUCCUGAUGAAGCUAUCCAUUUUGCCAGGAGUCAUCCACUGAUGUACCAGCCCAUCAAGCCUGUUCAUAAGAGACCAAUACUAGUUAAAACUGAUGGAAAGUACAAUCUUAAACAAAUAGCAGUGGACAGAGUGGAAGCUGAAGAUGGGCAAUAUGAUGUCUUGUUCAUUGGCACAGAUAAUGGAAUUGUGCUGAAAGUUAUUACAAUUUAUAAUCAAGAGACAGAAUCAAUGGAAGAAGUGAUUCUUGAAGAGCUGCAAGUAUUCAAGGUGCCAGUUCCUAUUAUUUCUAUGGAAAUCUCUUCAAAAAGGCAACAGCUCUAUGUUGGAUCUGAGUCUGCCAUAGUACAAGUGAAGUUCCACCAGUGUGACAUGUACGGUACUGCCUGUGCUGACUGCUGCCUUGCUCGAGAUCCGUACUGCGCUUGGGAUGGGAUCUCCUGCUCCAGAUACUAUCCCACAGGAAUGCAGGCAAAGAGACGUUUCCGCAGACAAGAUGUUCGACACGGAAAUGCAGCACAGCAGUGUUUUGGCCAGCAGUUCAUUGGUGAAGUCCUGGAGAAGACUGAGGAGCGGCUUAUUUAUGGAAUAGAGUACAACAGCACCCUUUUGGAGUGCACCCCUCGGACCUUACAAGCAAAAGUAAUCUGGUUUGUCCAGCGAGCACAUGAUACUAAGAAGGAAGAG